AUGGAUUUAAGCCCUCUGCAUGCGCUGCUGCAGCGGCAGCAGCAAAACAGAGUGAUGCAUGCACAGAGCCGGGAGUGGCAGCAGCAGCAGCAGCAGCAACAGCAGAAGCAGCAGCAGCAGCGGGAGCAGCACCAGCAGCAGGAGCAACAGCAACAACAGAGCCAGCAACAGCAGCAGAAGCAGUUACAGCAGGAACCGCAACACCAGCAGCAGCACCACCAACAGCAGCAGCAGCAGCAGCAGCAGCAGCAGCAGCAGCAGCAGCAGCAGCAGCAGCAGCAGCAGCAGCAGCACCAGGUUUCCUGCGCCUCCGCCCUCCAGAAACACGCAGCAGCGGCACCCUCUGCUGCUGCUGCUGCUGCUGCUGCUGCUGCUGCUGCUGCUGCUGGGUUGGGCUGGGGCCACCAGGUUGAGGCCGUAGCCGCCAGCCAAGACCGACAGCAGCAAAACCAUGGGGCUCCAGGAGUCCUCGUCCUCGUCCCCCUCCAGCUCUGGGGACUGCAGCAGCAAACAGCAGCAGCAGCAGCAGCAGCAGCAGCGGAUGACGCGAGCAGCAGCAACAGCAGCUGCAGCAGCAGUACACAGCAGCAGCAGCAGCAAAUAUCUGCAGUAGCAGUAAACAGCAGCGGCAGCAACAAGAAGCAGCAGCAGCGGCACCAAAUCGCAGCCGCAGCAGAUAACUGCAGCAGCAGCAGCAAAUAA